UCGUACGCGAAGUAGGUGCUUUACGCCUGGCUGGCUGCCGUGACCAUUGCUUGAGAACUGGAUUUCGAAGCCGAGUGUGUGCGCUGCCACGCCACUAGGAGUGAUGAUAGAGAAUAAAAAAUGAGACCCCGGAAAAGGUCGGGUGAAUUUGAUUGAAGUUUUUAUGGGUAGAUCAGAUCCACCAAAAGCAGCGUAUCCGUAUAAGGCCGGGAUGCCUGCAGAAGCGGCCUCACGUUGAGGUUGGCCAUUCAGUGUUCUGUGCAGUGGAAAUUAUCGCCGCUCGGUCUUCUUGCGGGAAGUUUGUUUGUUUUUUGCUCCUCGUUCCUGGUGGAAUCGAAAUCUGCGAUUGAGUGUGUGUGAACGAGGGUGGACGUGAUUCAGUGCUCGAACCCUUUGCCAUGGUACUGUUGUCGGUGGAGCUUGCCUAGUUCCGAAUGGGGAUGUUUUCAUUGAUGGGAGGUUGAGGAGCAGGAAAAGUGAUGCACAGCGCAUAUCGAAUGUGAAUUUUGGAUAGUCGGCAGAGUGCAGGGGCAACGUAUAACACUCUUCAUAGGAUAUUGGACUAUAGUGGGAAGUGUUCCUACUGUUGUAGCAAUCCAGACCCCAUCCUGCCUUCGCUUUGAUGUGUGUGAUGGAUUGAAGUGUCGGCUGUUCACCGAUGAUGGUGUGAAAUAUUAAACGCAAUGUCCAAAUUUCCACUGCAGUCACUCUAAUCGCAAAUAAGGGGUACGCUACUGAAGUGGUGAAAAUUUCUACUGACAAGAAAAAAACAAAACCCUUGAAGCAUUUCCAGACAGCUACCGGAAAGUGAUAUGCUACCCUACAAGUCUGUUCUUCGAGAAGAGCACCUGGCGCCGUGAUUGUGCGAAAUUCGAUCGUGAAAUCAAAUUAAGUGGAAAAUUGAUCGAAAUUCGCUUGCCACAUUACCUACCAGCCCCAUUUCGGUUGUGUCUGGUGGGAAAAGUCUGAAAACAGAGUAGAGCGAGUGAAGUCAUAAAAAGCCGAAAACAACAUAACCGUAGGCGCCAACCAGGGUCCGUGUCUUUCCCGUUCCACCCGAAUAAAACGCACUCGUAGUGUGUGGGAGUGAGUUGAAGGUGUUUCGGAGUGCGGGGCCGUAAUCCGGAAUAUCCAGUUCGGAUAAGAUAACAGUGUGUCAGUGUGUCGAAGCCGGCGGCUGGAAUCCAUAAGCCACUUAGGAGACAAGGAUAAGUGCCGAUGAUGUGCCAACCAGUGAACCGGCCUAGAGCCAUCGAGACCAUCCGGGGAAGGGGUAGUCUCGCCAAGCUGCUUAUAUAAAAGUGCGCGUGUAUUCGGAAUGUAUGUGCCCCCAAUGUACGUGAUGUUAAUGUGUAAUUAAAAUUCACACCGGAUACUUGUGUUGUGGUCUCCGAAGCGCACGGGCUUGAUUACAGAACCCAACCAGCUUUAAACUUGGGUGUAUUUUUUGUGGUAUAAGAAUUUUGACUCAUCUGGAACUGCAUGAAGAGGAAAGCCCAUCAACGUGGAGCCGUUAGCAGGAAAAUAAUCUUGUCUUACGUCAACCAUCGUGGAUGCAAACAGCGCUCAGGACUUCAUCCGGCACGGAACAAAUUGAAUGCUCUGAAUGAAUCCACCUGAAAAUCCCCACCGAACGGACAAACAAAGUAAGGACGAGCUCCCACCACAAAGCGCAGAAAAUUAAUAAGAUAUCCUCUUCGGAAGAAAGCUCGCUGAAAGCACGCUCAGCUUCAUCUGGUCUCCCAUCCGGAAGCGAACGUUAAUCCCGUAUUCCAAACCAAAGACGGGUACGCUCGGCAAAAGUGUACCGCCGCACAAUCAGCGCAACCGGAAGCAGCCGAGCGUCAUCAGGUGGAAAAUGAGAGUGCAUAAAUUUUCCACCCUUCGCACGAGUGACGCCGAAAAGAAGUGCGAGUGCCAGUUGCAGCUACCGUCAGUGUCGUCGUCGUUGUCAUCACUAUGGUCCAGAAUGGAUCGCCAUCAUGGCGCGAGUAUUACUAACAAUGGUGGUGAAGAUAAGUUUAAAGCCGUGCCGCAGUCUAAUGGUGGUCAUUCGUGUCAUCGCUUCAUCGUCCAUCAGCAGCAUCAGCAGCAGCAACAGCACAGGAGCAUUUAGGAAGUGCUGGUCUCCAGCAACCUUAACCAGUGAUACCUGUGGCAAGGUUUUUGGGACGCAUCCUAGUCGUUUCCUAGUAUUCACAGCCAACGCGAGUGAUGAAUUGCACCAAAUUAGUUCACCAAACCGGGAAUACGUCUGCCUUUCAGUGAGCAAGAUUGUUUGUUAGGGUAGCAUAUAAAAAUUAAAAAUAAAAGAAACUAAAACCUGCCCCAACGGUGGAGCAUAUCCCGGUGCUCAUUUGUGAAUCCCGCGUGAAGAAUUAUGCAACGUGCUGCGCUGCACCACGUGCCUGGCGACCCGACCAUUAGUCAGUGUGACACGGCAGCGUCAGUAUAAUUGAAAAAGCGCAUCCUCGUCGUCCCAGUCGGCCCCGGUAAAGCGGCGGAUAGUCAGACCUAGAACCGAAUCAGGAUUCACAGCACGAACUACCGAGGCCAGGCUGACGCUGGACGGUGCGCCACAUCGCGUGUGUGUGUUGGUCGGGCCCGCGUAGUGUGAAGUGGCGGGAUUUAGUGGGUGCUGACGCAGGGUCUCGGUGGACCCAUGUGGGACAACAGAACGGGACAUCUCAUUAAACGAGGUGGCAAACGUGUGAGCAGAUGGACGAGCCAUCGUGGGCAACUGAGUGGAGCAUACAGUCAGUGGGGACAAAAGGGGUGUGUGUGUGAGUGCGUCAUUACAGUGAGGCGUUUCCUAUAAUUGGACGACACGACGAAACGAAUCGGCAGGAGCAGCGGGGAGGCACCGAGUGAGCAACAAUCGUAUCCAUAAAUGAGCAGAUUGUAAUUAUACGCUAGUGAAAAUGUUGGAGAAAUUAACGUUCUAUGUUGGAGUCUAUUUACUACUGUUGCACAGCAAGAUUAAAGUUUCCGUGAGCUCGACGAUGCUGCUGACUACGGAGGAGUCGGCUGGUCUGCAGCCCUACUUUGACUUUGAUGUACAGCGAAAUAUCACCGUUACCGUGGGCCAAACUGGCUUCCUGCACUGCCGAGUGGAACGGCUCGGCGAUAAGGACGUGGCCUGGAUCAGGAAACGUGACUUGCAUAUCCUCACGACCGGCUCCUCGACCUACACUUCAGACCAACGAUUUCAGGUGAUACGGCCGGAAAACUCCAUUAAUUGGACGUUACAGAUCAAGUAUCCCCAGGUGCGGGACUCGGGCGUGUACGAGUGCCAGAUCAACACCGAGCCGAAAAUGUCGCUGUCCUACGAACUGAACGUGAUUGAGCUACGAGCGCGGAUACUGGGUCCGUCAGACAUUUUUGUGAAAUCCGGCAGUGAAAUCAUCAUGACCUGCGUCAUCCAACAGGGACCACACGACCUGGGCACGGUAUUUUGGUACAAAGGAAACGUGCUGAUAGAAUCCACCACCCAGGAGAACAUCAUCCACGCGGGGGAAAACCAACGAAUCACGGUCGAAACCGACUGGGCCGAUGGGUUAACGUCCAGGUUAAAGAUAAGGCGAGCGGUGCAGAGUGACACCGGCAACUACACGUGUGUUCCAACGAUGGCCAAAUCAUCCAGUGUGUAUGCACAUGUAAUUAGUGGUGAACAUCCGGCCGCGAUGCAGCACAACGCAGCGACCGGCGGACCGGUUCUAUCACACGCCAGUAUUUUAUUGCUCCAUGUGACACUUUUAGUGCAUAUUGUUGUGAGUAAGCAGUUUAAAAUAUGGCACAAUCACGACCCAAGAUGAAAUUGGCCCAGCGGCGGCUCCUCAAAUCGAGCGCAGCAGGAGCGGCAGCGAAAAAACCGUGCCAUUCCGUCGCGAUCCGAAUCGCGGUCACGGUGCUGGAGGAGGUGGCCCAAAUGUUCUUCAGUUGGACGCCUCCUCCCCGAAGAUGGUAGCGAUAGUAGCCCGGGCGGACCGGUGCCGCGCUGGAGCUGGCGGGACUGGUGGUGGUGGAGUGCCGCCGCCCCGGACGGCCGCGGACACCGAAGGUGGACCGCCGCGCGGUGGUGGAGCUUAUUGGGUGAGAGUUUGGAGCUGAGCACGAUGUGAGGGGCUUUCGUGGAUAAAAUCACAAUCCCACUAACUGAAAUAAGAAAAUCUUCCUUUGUACAAAUUGGAGUGAAUGUUUAUGAGCGAGAUUUUUCCUCGGAGCGAAAUAGCAAAAACCUCUACGAAAAUCACAGUAGGAAGUGCCGGGUGCUUGAGAUAGGUGUGCCCGAGACAGUUUUCGAGUGAAAAAAAAUAGUAGACGAACAGUGUAGUAUAGAAAAGGCAGCAAAAUAAACAAAAUGAAUUUAGAUACAAGAAACAAUCAAAACAAGAUCUAGAAAUAAGAUGUGAAACUAAACUGUAGAACUCCCAUCCACUUACAUAGACGCAAAGAAAAACCGGAAACGGACAGUAACAGAUUUAGCAGAACGAACAGCAGGAACUUAAAUAGAAUGGGGCAGCUAACGAGCUGAAAUAGAGUGACGAUGCAUGGUGGGUUCGGAAUACAUUUAAUCGAAAACAUAUGGUGGUUCAUUGCCUCAGUAGAAGGCAAAUGUGAUAAAUCUGGGAAUUCGCGACGUGAAUUUGAUUUUGUUUAUUGGCACUGGUAAGAUAAGACAAUUGGGUAAUAAACCAUUGCAUGAGUUAUUUUUUGGUCGAGCUACGUGAUACUUAAAAGCUGUCAAGCCACCGGAAAUUUCCACUCAUGAAAUCAGAAAAAAAACAGGAACCAGGAGUGUGUCCAUAAAAAAUUCUUUCGAAUUUUUACAAGAAAAUAUUCUGAAUAUCUACGAUGAGUUUUUUCAAAUUUUCACACGAAAUUGCUUUGAAUUUCCAUGACAAAUUGUUUUAAAAUUUUCAUUCGCAAUUGGUUCGAAUUUUCACUCGAAAUUAUUACGAAGCUCAACCGUAAAUUGCUUCAAAAUUCCGCCCUACAUUUCUUAGGAUAUCCACAGGAAACUUGCUUCGAGCUUCUGCGGAAAAUCUAUUUGAAUUUACACGAUAAACUGCUUUUCGUCGAAUUUCCAUAAGAAGCUGUUUUGGAUUUCCACGAGAAAAUCAAUACAAAAUUGUUUCGUCCAUCUACAGGAAAAAUUGUUUCGAUUUUCCACAGGACGUUGUUUCAAUUCUACCACAGAUUGCUUCGAAUUUCGAUUUCCCACCACUUUUCCCGACACUGCAAAUCGUUUCGAAAUUCCACGAAAAUUGCUUCAAAUAACCACAGGACAAUGCAUCGAACUUUUUAUGGAAGUAGCUUCGAAUUUCCACAAGAAAUUGUCUCGAUUUUACACGGAAAAUUGUUUCGCUUGUACACAAGAAAUUAGGAUCGAGUUUCCACGUUAAAUUGAUUCAACUUUAAAUUUCAAAUUUCCAUGGAUCUUCCAAUAUCCAAGAAAAAAAUAAUUUAUGAUAAU